UGUGGUUGGAUUUAUCCUAACCAUUGCAAAUUUCAGCUUUUUUACCUCUUUGCUGAUGUUUUUCCUUUCUUCUUCAAAACUCACUAAAUGGAAGGGAGAAAUAAAGAAGCGUCUAGAUUCAGAAUACAAAGAAGGCGGGCAUAGGAAUUGGGUUCAGGUGUUCUGUAAUGGAGCUGUGCCCACUGAGCUGGCCCUGUUGUACAUGAUAGAAAAUGGCCCCGGCGAAAUCCCAAUAGAUUUUUCCAAGCAGUACACUGCUUCCUGGAUGUGUUUGUCUCUUCUGGCUGCACUGGCCUGCUCUGCUGGAGACACGUGGGCUUCCGAAGUUGGCCCCAUUCUGAGUAAAAGCCCACCAAGGCUAAUAACAACCUGGGAAAAAGUUCCAGUUGGGACCAAUGGGGGGGUCACAAUGGUGGGCCUUGCCUCCAGUCUACUUGGUGGUACCUUUGUGGGCAUCACGUACUUCCUCACACAGUUGGUUUUUGUUAAUGAUUUAGACAUUUCUGCUCCCCAGUGGCCAAUUAUUGCAUUUGGGGGUCUGGCUGGAUUACUGGGAUCAGUUGUAGACUCAUAUUUAGGAGCUACAAUGCAAUUUACUGGUUUAGAUGAAAGCACUGGCAUGGUGGUCAACAGCCCGGCGAAUGAGUGUGUAUAUUGGAGCCCAAUCAUCUGAUGUCCCUGGUGUUUCAUCUGCUGUUCUGAUGUCAUCACAAUGAGAAAAAAAGUGCUGUAGCCAUCAAAUUUCAGGUGAAUUGUACAUGCUUUAAAGAUGAAAACACAAUUAUGCAGUUAAAUGAUUUAAUCUCCUAAUGGAGUAUCUGUUGCUGUAAUUCCAAAUGGUCCUGAAUAUUUUAAAAAAUAUAGAUGUUCAGUAUAUGUUUGUUAAAUUAAGUUGUUUGACUGUAAUCAGUAUUUCCUUUAAGAGUCACUGAAAGUUGAUAAUCAGAACAUUUUUCUGGAGGAAAAUCAAAAAUAAAACCAGUCUGGCUACCUGAA